AUGUAUAAGGAAUUGUGUGAUAUAAUUAAUUUGAUCGAUAAAUCUUUUGAUGAUGAUCCGAAAAACUCUGGAGAAAAUAAACCUAGGAGUUUAUUAGAUUACUUAUUCACUGAUAAUAACUGUAGUAGUGAUGACCCAAAACUUAUCUCUGAUUUUAUAGCAUUGCUAACUUUAUUUAAUGGUAUUGGUAGUGGUGAGAAUUUAGAUAGUGAUGAGAAUUUAGAUAGUGAUAAACUUGUUGAAUACGCUAUUUUAUGGUUAAGUUAUAAUCUAAAUCAAAAAACAGAAAGUGAAAUCACCACAUUAAACAAUUUUUAUACUAAAAAUAUAAAAACAAAUAGUUGUUAUAAUCAGAAAAUAAAUGCUCAUAAUGAUAGUGAUAGUGGUAAUAAGAUUAGUAAGGAUGUUAUAGAAACAAAAAUAAGAUCGAUAAAUAUUGAUAUUAAAGAUAUAUCUAAUUUUUAUGAUGCAUUUAAAUCAUUAUGUAACAUGUAUAGUGAAAUUGGUGCAGAAGACUACCAAUGCAAUAAAUGUUUAGAAAAUGCUGGAGAAUUGUUUGAAAAAUAUGAAAAACUUAAAAAUGAUUUAGAUAUUAAUAAAGGAAGUUCUUAUUAUCAACUAUUGUCUAGUUUAUCAAAUGAUUAUAAAAAUUUUGAAAAAAAAUAUAAUGUUAAAUGUAAGAAUACCUCAUCACUUGUAGCUUGUCCACGAAGUUCAAUCAUAAAAAAUACACUAAUUCCAAUUGCAAUUAUAUUUGUUGUAGCAUCAUUUUUUUUUGGAAUUUCUUAUAAGUAUUCGUUAUUUGGAUUUCGGAAACGAUUUCAAAAACAAAAAUUAAGAGAAAAAAUAAAAAAAUAA